AUGGCCAUCCCAUAUCCUGAAGGAGAGUGCUUCUUCAAUCUCGAAGGUUGGAAGGCAAGCGCAGAGUACGACCCAAACAAAGCCGAAGAUUUCUACUCCCGCAUGUUGGUCGAAUACAUAUACAACGUCGAAGCCGACCACGCCAGCGAAGCGUGCCACAGUCCAUCUGGAUACUCGCACCCACGAUCCAUCUAUAACAUCGUGCGGGGGAGCAAUUGGAAGACGGACUAUGGAUGCUGGUGUCUGCUUCCUAUUCAAUAUGGCAUGUCUUACGACAAGCCGACCAGAUUCUUGCGACAUGAGCUGUGUAGCGAGGGGAAUGCGUUCAGAGACCACGAGAAAGGAGGCUCGGCAGAGUCGUGUUUUAUGCCAUUGCCGAUGCCGACAGCCGAGGAAAGAUUUGCAUAUAUCGAUAUGCUCACACAGAUCCGAGCCAUAUACCUUCCUGUUUCUCAAACAACAUCGGAGGAGUAUCCAGGCAUGUCAUACUGGGUCGAGAUGAACUUUGCCCUCAACCGAACAGUCAACAUGUGGCGACCUGAUUAUGACCACGCAAUCUCCUUGGAUGUUACUGGAGCCCUCGAGCUCCUCUGCUUGCCACGACAGCUUCGAGACAAAGAUCUCUACGCCAGCAAGGUGAUUGGGAUCAUCGAGACCAAGGCGGCAACUGCUCCUUUGACAGGCAAUUACAUUUCACAUUCUGCGGAUUAUGAUUGGACGGCGAUGGUGAAGCUCAAUUAUGGGCUUGAUGUUCAGUGGGUACCCACCACACAAGGCACCUGGAUCACACAUUUCCUCUUCGACAUUCUGUAUCUGGCCAUUGGAUUUAUCCCCGGCGUCGGACCAAUUCUAGCCCUAACCUUCGCCUUAGGAUGGACAGCCCUGUUCAACCAAAAUGACUUCUUCAAUCAACUUUGUAUCUUGUGCCCCGGCAUAGACCUCACGAACGAGAUCAGGAAAUCAAUCACCGAUUCCUCGGAGGAGACGAAGACGUUGAUGGUUCCCGGCUGGGAGGACUACAUGAACAGUGUAGACCAAACGGGACAAACGGCAUCGCUCAGCCUCAGCGCACCAGCACCCUCGGCACAUGCAGCAACUCGAGCUGCUCCCAAGAAGAGCAAGAUACCGUUCGAGAAGCUGUACCGAUCAGCGUCCUUCCAGUACGCCGAAUCGGUUUUGCGGGCCAGUGGACGACCUCGCGUUGGACCGCCGCCUAGUAAUGAUGGCGCAGAGGUCAUCACAAGCAAUCCUCCCACGAACCCGAAUGCAAUUUACCAACCCGGAGCAUAG